AUGGGAGUCUCUAAAACAUUUCUCUCGAUUCUGGUCUUAUAUUUCUCACUCUACACCAUAACACCAACUUCUUCAGCUUCAGUACAAGAUCAAUUCAUCAACUGUCUCCACAAAAACACACAUGUUUACUUCCCACUCGAAAACACGUUCUUCGCACCUGCCAAGAACGUCUCCAUGUACAGCCAAGUCCUCGAAUCGACGGCUCAGAAUCUCCGGUACUUGACAAAAUCCAUGCCUAAACCGGGAUUCAUAUUCAAACCGGUCCACGAGUCUCACGUCCAAGCUUCCAUCAUCUGUUCCAAGAAACUCGGAAUCCAUUUCCGUAUCAGAAGCGGCGGUCACGACUACGAAGGAUUGUCCUACGUCUCGGAGAUCGAAAAACCGUUUGUAGUGAUGGAUCUCUCGAAGCUGAGACAGAUCAACAUCAAUAUCAAAGACAACAGUGCUUGGGUCCAAUCUGGUGCUACAGUUGGUGAACUUUACUACAGGAUUGCGGAGAAGAGCAGAGUACAUGGUUUUCCGGCGGGUUUGUGCUCGAGCUUAGGCGUUGGUGGGCAUAUAACAGGCGGUGCGUACGGUUCCAUGAUGAGGAAGUACGGUCUUGGUGCAGAUAACGUUCUUGACGCAAAGAUCGUCGAUGCGAACGGCAAAAUACUCGACAGAAAAGCCAUGGGAGAGGAUACGUUUUGGGCGAUUCGAGGAGGUGCUGGAGGGAGUUUCGGGGUGAUUCUUGCGUGGAAGAUCAAGCUUGUUCCGGUUCCUAAGACCGUUACUGUCUUCACCGUCACGAAAACGUUAGAACAAGACGUGGGGAACAAGAUUCUUUCGAAGUGGCAAGUCGUCGCGGACAAGCUUGUCAACGAGCUAUUCAUACGAGUGAUCUUCAACGUAGCUGCAAACAACGGGAGCAAGACUGUGACGACGUCGUACAAUUCUGUUUUUCUUGGGAACAAAAGAGCGUUGAUGCAAGUUAUGAAGAAGAGCUUUCCGGAGUUAGGGUUAACGGCUAAAGAUUGUCUCGAAAUGAGCUGGCUUGAGUCCAUUGUUUACAUUUCUGGCUUCUCAAGCCGCACUCCUACUACCGUUUUGCUUCAAGGGAAGUCUCCUUUCCCAAAGAACAACUUCAAAGCCAAAUCCGAUUUCGUGAAGAAGCCUAUUCCCGAAUUAGGGCUUAAAGGGAUGUUCAAGAAGUUGCUUAAAGAAGAUAUGCCGAUGAUGAUAUGGAACCCUUACGGAGGAAUGAUGGCGAAGAUCCCUGAAUCCCAAAUCCCUUUCCCGCAUAGAAAAGGAGUCAUCUUCAAGAUCCAGUACGUGACGAAUUGGCCAGAGAGUGAUAGGAGAACGAGCAGACAUAUCAACUGGAUCAGAGAUCUUUACAGUUACAUGACGCCGUAUGUCUCAAGCAAUCCACGACAAGCUUAUGUCAACUACAGAGAUCUUGACCUAGGAAAGAACAAGAUAAACGCGAGCGUCAAACAAGCUCAAUCCUGGGGAGCUAGUUACUUCAAAGACAAUUUCAACAGAUUGGUCAAGGUUAAAUCAAAGGUUGACCCAGAAAACUUCUUCAGACAUGAGCAGAGCAUCCCAACACUGUCCGUUCGAAGAUAA